ACCACUCCACCGAGAAAAAAGAUCCAAGCCGAGGCGCACCGUCUCGACUUCUCUCCCCUCUCGCCCUAUCCGUUCCUCGUUAUAACUUGGCUGCCUCACCAUCUCGUCCCCAGAUUUCCAUUCCUCCGCCGUUCGCCUCGAAUCCAAUCCGGCAGCGGCAGCCAUGACGCCCACCGCUCUCGCGCACCUGGCCUCCGCCUCGCCGCUCCCGGCCCUCUCGCCCAGGAACAGGGCGAGGCCCGGGCAGGGGCCCGCGCUGCGGCGGCUGGCGGCGGCCGUGCCCCCGCCGCGGGCGUUCUUCUCGUCGUCGCCCGCGCCGUACCAGCCGCCGCAGCAGCCGGCGGGGUACUCGUCGCACCAGGCGUUCGGGCUGGUGCCCAUGGUCAUCGAGACGACCUCGCGCGGGGAGCGGGCGUACGAUAUCUUCUCGCGCCUGCUCAAGGAGCGGAUCGUGCUCAUCCACGGCCCAAUCGCCGACGAGACCGCCUCCCUCGUCGUCGCGCAGCUGCUCUUCCUCGAGUCCGAGAACCCGCUCAAGCCGGUCCACCUCUACAUCAACUCCCCCGGGGGCGUCGUCACGGCGGGGCUCGCGAUCUACGACACCAUGCAGUACAUCCGCUGCCCCGUCACCACGCUCUGCAUCGGCCAGGCCGCGUCCAUGGGCUCGCUCCUGCUCGCCGCCGGCGCCCGCGGGGAGCGCAGGGCGCUGCCCAACGCGCGGGUCAUGAUUCACCAGCCCUCCGGCGGGGCACAGGGCCAGGCCACCGACAUCGCCAUCCAGGCCAAGGAGAUUCUCAAGCUGCGUGACCGCCUCAACAAGAUCUACCAGAAGCACACCGGGCAGGAAAUCGACAAAAUCGAGCAGUGCAUGGAGCGCGAUCUGUUCAUGGACCCUGAGGAGGCUCGUGACUGGGGGCUCAUCGACGAGGUCAUUGAGAACCGCCCCGCUUCCCUGGUGCCCGAGGGCGUCGGUGGUGGCGUUGACCUGCCUAUCCACAGCGGCGGCGUCGGCGGAAGGGGCAGAGAUGUCGAGGAGCCCUCCGCGGUGUGAGCGGUGGUCAGAAAGGUGAAACCUUUUCGUGUCCAAUGGCCAUGUUGUUGUUGUUAGAUCUAAGGUUCAGUUCUUAUACUACAUAAAACUUAACUUGUUAUUCUGGUUGCCGAUGCGUUCGGUUCCCCACAUGUUGUCUUCAUUGCCUGAAUUGAGCAGAGCUAUUGCUGAUAUUUAUUGCAAAAAUCUUAAGGAAAUUUUAUUCCGGAAAUACUGAUUA